UUUAGUGACCACUCACAAUAGAUACGAGCAUUGUGAAAUUAUCAUACCAACUGUCAAAGAACGCGCAAUUGUUUUAUGCUUGGGUUUGUUUAAAUUUUUUUAAUAAUACAGAGUUUAGCAAGUGUGUUGAAUUGAAUUAUAUUAAAAUGGAAGGCGCACGCACUAACACUGGUGAACCGCGUCUUAAUUUAGACACAAACGCCCAACGAAAUUUUAUUAAAUUUAUGAUAAAACUAGGAGAAAAAACAAACACUACCGUUCGGUUUUUCGACCGCACAGAUUGUUAUACAGUACACGGCACUGAUGACUGUGACCGUAUAUCAAAAAUUGUUUACAAGUCAAAUGCUUACAUCCGUCAAAUGCUACCAAAUGAACAAAUUGCUCUAUCAUACGUCGCGAUUUCCAAAAAUAAUUUUGAAUUAGCCGUGCGAGAAUUGCUGCUGGUGCGAAAUUUUCGUGUUGAAGUAUAUGUAAGAGAAUCUUCAGAGAGUGAUUGGAAACUGGAAUAUCGCGGCUCACCUGGUAAUCUUCUGCAAUUCGAAGAUAUACUUUUCAGUAAUAAGGAGAUAUUGGUUGGUAAUUCCAUACUCUCGCUGCAUAUGCGUUUAGAUGGUACACAACGUAAACUUGGUUUGGCUGCAGUUCAACAAAAUGACUGCUUGAUUCAGGUCUUGGAAUUUGUUGAUGAUGAUUUCUAUACUGAAUUGGAAGCAGCAAUAGUACUUUUGGGCCCUAAAGAGUGUUUGUUGCCUACAGUAGAUAAUGAUUAUGCAGCUAUUAAAAUAUUGCUUGAACGUAAUGGUGUUAUGGUCACUGUUGUCAAAAAAUCCUCUGCAAACACACAUAAAAGCGAUCUUACACAAGAUUUAAAUAAAUUGUUGCGUUUUGCAAAAGGUCAGCAAGAAGAUGUAAGCACGUUUCCAGAAAUGGAGCUGAAAAUUGCAAUGGAAGCACUACAUGCAGCUGUAAUUUAUUUGGAUUUACCAAAUGACGCCGCUAACCUAGGACAUUUUGAAAUGAAACAGUUGCUUCUUAAUAGAUUUGUACAUCUCGAUUCUGCUGCUUUAAGUGCUUUAAAUAUUUUACCUAAACCGGGCACACAAGUAAACAGCUCUGUCUACCGCUGUCAAAGUAUUUUAGGAGUACUCGACUUGUGUUGCACGCCGCAAGGACAUCGCCUAAUGGCGCAGUGGGUUAAGCAGCCACUGCGUAGUCGUGAAGUAUUAAAUGAUCGUCACAACAUAGUUGAAUGUUUACUUGAAGCAGAAACUGUACUCAAGAGUUUAUAUGACGAUUAUAUGAAACGUAUACCAGAUAUACUUAUGCUUACAAAGAAAUUAAUGCGUAAACGUGCAACAUUACAAGAUCUUUUUCGUAUCUACCAGGUACUUUUACGCUCGCCUAAGAUAAUAAAUGCACUUUUGAGUCUCGAAAAUGCAACUGUUACAAGUGUGCUGUGUGCACAAUUUCAAAGUUGUUUAAAGGAUUUAUCUGGUCUAAAACAAAUGGUUGAGAGUGUAAUGGAUUUCUCUUCUCUAGAUUCCGGCGAAUACUUAGUUAAGGCUUCAUUUGAUGCCCAAUUAGAAGGUAUGAAAGACAACAUGGAUCGUUUAUUGAGUAAAAUGGAACGUUUACAGACUAAAGCUAGUGAAGACUUAAAUAUGGAACGUGGACAAACAGUGCGUUUGGUGAACAUUGGCCAUUUGGGUUUUCAUUUUAGAAUCACAUUAAAGGAUGAUUCCAUAUUGCGUAAAAAUAAAAACUACAAAGUUUUAGAUGUUGUUAAAAGUGGCGUACGGUUCACAACCGACAAAUUAACAGAAUACAGUGAAGAGUAUAACAACAUACGGAAACAAUAUGAAGACCAACAAAAAUCAAUUGUGGAAGAAAUUAUACAGAUCGCUAUUGGUUAUGCGGCACCGUUAACCUUACUGAAUAGUGAGUUAGCGCAACUUGAUUGCUUAAUUAGCUUUGCUAUGGCUGCACAAUCAGCACCUAUACCCUAUGUUCGUCCUAAAAUGCUUGAAGAAGGCUCUGGUAUUCUGGUAUUAAAAGAUGUUAGACAUCCAUGUCUUGAAUUGCAAGAAGGUGUUACAUUCAUAAGUAAUAGCAUUGAAUUUAAUAAAGAUAUUUGCAAUAUGUUUAUAAUAACUGGGCCAAAUAUGGGUGGAAAAAGUACAUAUAUACGUUCGAUUGGCACAGCUGUGUUAAUGGCACAAAUUGGUGCUUUCGUUCCUUGUAGUGAAGCAACAAUUUCGAUGGUCGAUUCAAUUUUGGGACGUGUUGGCGCCAGUGAUAACAUAAUCAAAGGUUUGAGUACAUUUAUGGUGGAGAUGAUAGAAAUGUCUGGUAUCAUUCGAACUGCUACAGAAAAAUCAUUAGUGAUUAUUGAUGAACUAGGACGCGGAACAUCAACUUAUGAAGGUUGUGGUAUAGCAUGGUCAAUUGCUGAACAUCUGGCAAAGGAAACAAAGUGCUUCACAUUGUUUGCUACACAUUUUCAUGAAAUAACAGAUUUAGCAAAAACUGUGAAAACCGUACAAAACUGUCAUGUAGCUGCUGUAGCAGAUCAAGAUACUUUUACCUUAUUGCAUCAGGUGCGUCCUGGACCAAUGGAGAAAAGCUUUGGUAUACAAAUAGCACGACUCGCUGAUUUUCCUGAUGCUGUUGUAAAUAAUGCAGAAGAAGUGUACGGCCAAUUCGAAGAUAUACAUGUCGAAAAGAAAACUAAAGAAGAAAAAGCGGUUUUAGAUGAAAUAAAUAGCGCUUUGGAAGAGUUUUCGAACGUUGGGAAUGAUGCUAACAUAAACGAAAGUGACUUAACAAAAUUAGUUGAACAGUUUACCCGAGACAUCAAGGAAUUAGUAAAUAAGGCAGGUUUAGUCGGCGGCAAAGAUUAAAAUGAAGUUCCUCUGAAUUGAUCCAUAUUUGCCAUAAUAUUAAAAUUAUAUAAAAAUUAAGUUUAUUCCCGAAGCUGCACAGUGUUUUCGAAAUAUUCCACAAAUAUUUUAUCAUUGUUAUCUAUAUGAAAUAAUCAAUCAAAAUCUAAAACAAUCCAUUUAAGUGACAUAUACAUAAAUAUAGAUAU